AUGUCGAUAACUCGAAGAAACGUCGUGCUCACCAGCACUUUUGUCUUCCUCCUCAUCCUCAUCGCGUUGGCCAGUCGGAAUCUCGGUUUCGUCACGACCUACAGCGCCGCUUUGCAUCUGACAUCUCCAGCUGGAGCAGCGCCGGCUGCCACUCCCUCCGAACCUUCUAGCGCCAAACCGGCUCCUUCUCACGAACUCUCGACCACGACAAGUAGACCUGCCGAAUCCCAAGAAUACUUCCACCAGGCCUUUUCCUCCAAGAAAGCAACAGCAUUGGAUUUCCCCACCAUCAAACAUGUCUGCGAUCGGAUCCCAUGGGAGGAGAAGGAGCAGGACAGAGUCUACUUGCAGUGCGGUGAGAUGUUCGCCGGUCUCACGAGUAUCAUGUCGCAAUUGAAAGUCUGCUUCAAGUAUGCGCUGGAUUCGGGCUCGCAUCUGGUCCUUCCCAGCAUGCCUCUACGCGAUUCGACGAAUUUGAAGGAAUUCAAUACCGAGAACCAGAAAGCCUAUCAUGAGUAUGGAGAAUGGUUCGAUGCGGAACAUCUCAUUGAGACUUUGGGCCAAGCGUGUCCGAAGAUGAAGAUUGUUCGUAUCAAGCAGCUCAAUAAGGAUGUCCAGGUGAAAUACGAUUGGAAAGUUGACAUAGGGAAAGCACCCGGUUAUCGACUUUUCACCUCCUAUUACUGGCCUGGACGACGUUUUCAGCCGUUUCUUGAAGACGAACUCGCCAAGCUUCGUGAAGAGGCUGAAAAAGCGCCAGCUCCAGAACAUACAGAUGGAAUUACCGUGGUUCACAUCCACGCCAUGUUCCUCGUCUAUCGAAUCACAGAUGAUCCCACGGGGCACGAUUUAAAACUCUGGAACGAGAUUGGAAGUCUGAUACGUUUCAAAGAGGAUACGCGCACCAUCGUGAACGAAUUGCUCUCUCUCAUCGGCCGUCCCUAUUACGGCGUACAUUUUAGAGCUGAGAACGACACGAUUUGGUCCUCUCCCGAAAAUCAACUUGCGGUGGACCUCGACGCUCUGGACCAAGCAUGGGCCAAGUUUGGUUCCCCAGAUGCUGAAAGACCACUUGUCUAUCUAGCUUGUGGUGACAAGGGUCAAGUCAAGACCUUUGUCGAAGCAGGUGCGGCUAGAGGAUGGAAAGUUACACAUAAAUGGGACGUUGCUUCCAAGUCCCCAAACAAAGAGGAUCUCUUGAAAAGAAUGGAUGCAUUAGCGUUCGAUUUCCUGGGUUCGCUUGAUAUGGGGGUGAUGAUGAUGGGCAACUUCUUCUUGGGCAUUACGGGAAGUGCAUUUAGUAGCACCGUAGCGAAUGCUAGAGAUGGGACGGGACGAUAUCGAGGAAGUAGUUUCUAUCUCGAAGAUGAUGGCGGAGCGAGGAGCCAUCUCAUGAAUGAUGGAGAGGCGGAUGCAUAUCCGUGUUGUUUAUAG